UGGGGUGGGAGAGUGGUGAGGGAGUAGUUUCUAUUUUUAGACACUAUACAACAGUAGGAAGUAGCGGGCCCCGCGAGACAUGUUCGUGUCUUUACCUUGAGAACACGGCACAGUUGAGGUCUGUGUGCGGUCAAGUUUGUGCCAUCUGUGAAGAACCUCUGUAUGUUCCACAAACAUCAUGGCGUCCACCUGGCCACCAGUCAAAUCAAACACUGCAGUUAACGUGUCCAAGCUCGUGGCAAAGCUCCUACAUCAUGACACAGUUCUGGCUGACUUACUUGGAGAACUAAGAACUGAUGGACUGUCACUGCUUGAUAGACAGGAGCAGUAUAGCCAGUGGUAACAUCCUAGUGAUCCACGGAGACCCCAGGAAAGUGGCAGACGUCAUCCACAAAGUGGUCGACGAAACAGAUGUGAAAGCUGAUGAAAAUGACAAAGAGGUUUUGACCGUUUUGGACUCGUUCAAGGAAAGAUUCCACUUUCAGUUUGAAACCGAUUUUGAGCAAGACAAUUCUACCUUCAAAACAGCUUUUCACAGAAAAAUAAGCGAUGAAGUUAAGCCUAGUAUCUUAUCGCUGACUAAUAAAGAUGGUCGACUACUGUUGUCAAGGCACCAACUGAGCUAUCUUCACUGUCAUUUGGAUCAUCUAAGAGAACAAGUUCGUACAUCUUGGCCCGAAAGUGCUGUUAUCAUCAAUGUGCAGAACGAAGCCAAAGGACAAGGAGGUUUGGUAGUUUCUUCCAAGCGACACGAUUUCCAAGGUGUAAUAAAUUUCCUUCAUCUUUUCAUGGCAAACAUCAAAACAUCUUCAAAUGAGCUGGAUGCUUCACGGGCACUUUUUCUUAGCGGUGCCAAAGGUCAAAGAGAUGUCACGCGAUUGCAAAAGGAACAUCAGUGUCAGAUCUCUGUCAUUUUACCUGGACAUCAGGUGUUGGUGCGAGCUGAGUCUCCUGCAGGACAUCGUCUCUUCCUGUGUGAAGGCAACAUGGCCGCCACUGACUGCAACAUGUUAGUUCUACCUUUCAGCGAGAAUCAAAGAGGUUGGACAGCUACACAGAAACGUGUUCUUGACAGAGGUCUGCUGACAACCAAAACUGAGUUGUAUACAAAUUGGAUUGGCUCUCCUCCCAAGAAGCGCACCUUGAUACUCCGGUGUCUGACACCAGAAGCUGGAGAAACAGUGAUGCUAGUUCAUGUUUCUGACCCUACGGGUGGUCCCUCUUCAGGAGCUGAAGCAUUGACUCAAGAACUUGCUCAGGAGUUAUCUGAAGGACUGGCUGAAGCUCGAAGGAUUUCAGAACCACGUGGUGAAUUCAUCGCUGUACCCGUUGCCUUGAGUACCCGGCAAUCACUGAGUGAUAAUCUGGAAUUCAUUCUUCCUGUCAUCCAAGAUUACUUGGCCAAGGAAGUAAUUUCUGCAACUGUUGUUCUUUACCUGGAGAAAUUAUCUGCGUCUGAAAAGCAGAAGCUCGUUGAAACCCUGGAGAAGAGGAUAAAUCAGAAGUGGAAAGUUCAGACAGACGGUGUUGCUGUUUAUGAAGAUAAUUUCUCAUCGCAAAACCUCGUUGUUGCUGGGAAGAUGCAAGAUAUAGAAACAACAUUUAGUAAGUUGCAAAGCCUGCAUGUGCCCAGUGACAUCCAGAAACGCGCAAGUUUACUGGACUCUAUGAACAAACCAAGACAGGUCAGGAGAUCACCCACGCAGGAAAGCGAAGCUGAUGCUGAGGACAACAAAGACAUUGGCAAAGAGGAUGAUGUGAGAACAGUGUGUGUGGAUGGUCUCACUGCUGAUGAUGGCGAGUUGUGUCAGAUGUACUUCCAGAACAACGAGCAAAGUGGUGGCGGACAGUUGGCUCAGAAAACUGUUGUAUGGGACGAUGAUACUCAGUGUGGGUUUGAGCAAAGGAAUGUGGCAGCCCGGGUGGCAAGUCGUCAACACACAAUCAACGGUCAGCCUGUGGACGUGAAGCUUGUGUAUACACCUCAGGUAUCAUACCCGGAUAAGCUGCUGUUCCACAACGUUUCUGAGAGCAUAUCACGUGACUAUCUGACCUUGUACCUGGAGCGCAUAACUGGACAGGAAGUAACGGACUUGAUGUAUGCUGAUAAGGCUGGGGAUGUCCUUGUGGUACUGGACGAGGAGCCAGACUUUACCCAGGUGCAAGAAAUGUGCCGACAAAAGAAGCUGGAGGGACAAGAGCUAUGGGUAUCGAGGGUACCCGUAUCAAACUGCAUUCUUCUGGAAAACCUGAGCGAGGCAACGAGCGAGGACACUGUGAUGUAUUACUUUAGUAACAAGCGGAGUGGAGGUGGUCCUGUGGAAAAAGUUGUCUUUAAACAGGAGCAAAGAAAAUGUCUCGUUUUCUUUUAUAACCACGAGGUGAUCGAAAACAUCCUAGGAAAAACCCAUGCACUGGAUGGAAGCCAGCUCCAAGUCAGGCUGUACAUUGAAUGUCUUGGACCAUCUGGGGGUAGACGAGAUGUCAGUCCUUUUACUCUGCCCAGUCGUGUAGAAUUUAAAAAUGUGGAUAAAUACAAGAUGGUCUUUAUUCGGCAGUCGGCUGCAUUACAGCAAAGACUAGUCGAGCUACUGACGGAUUUACAUGCAAAGCUAAUCUCAGCAGACAACCUUCUGUCUGUGGAAUGUACCCUGACAACAGCAGUUCCCCAUGCAAGUCAGCUGGCUGCUUCUUGGACCAAAGAUGUUCAAGACGCCGUGAAUUCAGUUAUCGACAUGGUUGUCGUUCUUCAUCAAGAGGUGAUGCAGGAUGUGUGGACUGAGACCGAGAAAGCUGUGUCUGCCAUCAAGCCCACGAGCCAGGACUCAGCACUCAUACUCGUCUUAGCUGAAAAUAGGAAGUUCAUAGUGGUGGGCGUGAAGAACAUGGCUGACGAUCUGAUAAAGCAAGUGAAACAAAUCGUCACCCAGAAGGAGGAAGAAGCUGAGCGUAAAAAGCAGGAAGUCACAGAAACCAGGAAGCUCAAGCCAUUCCAGCUUCAUCUUCUGACAGAUAUGUCUUUUCAGAGCGAGGUGGCCAAGCGACACCCAGCACUUAAGGUCAAAAUUUGCAUAGAGAAAGGGGAGAUAAGUUACCAGGGUUUGAUCAGAGAUGUGAAAGAAGCUCAGGUUGAGAUGUACGAACUGCUGAUGACUGUCAGGUCAGAAAAACUCACCAUGUCCAACCUGCAGAAAACUAUUUUGAGUGCAAAGGAAGCGCGAGACUACGUUGUCCACAAAUUUCAUGUUGACAAACUUGUGGCAUUCUGGGAUGUAGACAGACAGGGGAGGUGACUGUCUACAGCUGCUCUGACUCUGACCUUGCAAAAG